ACGAAAAGUACGUCUAGACAUAUGGUACACAAAAUCAGAUGGCUGCACGUCAUUUCUCCUUUCUUUACAAACAUUUCAGAAGGUUAAAAAUAUCAAAAUAUAAAAAAUAUAUUAACUAAAUGGCCAACUAAUAUUCCGUCGGCAUAACAAAACAUAAUUUUUACUCCAAGCAAAAAGGCUAAAGUCGAAAAAAAAAAAACAAAUGUUGAUAUAAAUUAUUAAAUAAAUUACUUAAAUGAUUGUAGGAUUGUGUAGGAUUGUGAGAUUUGUGUAGAAUAAUUCAAAUAAUACCGGAUUUUAAACUGCAAUAUCCGUCUCAUUGCCGAGUCGGCAUACAUUGCAUUUUCGCCAAAUUGUCUUCCUGUCACCUUCCUAUAAAAUUUGCGGUUUAAAUCUAGUUUAGUAAAAACUUAGAUUUUUUCGAAAAUUUUCCUAGAGUCUUCCUUCGUGGUCUAGAAGAAGGGCGGGAAAUUGUGGAGCUGAGAAUUCGUUGCCGGUCCGAGACCCGAAAUGGCUUUACAAAAGGUGCGAGAUGCCUCCUUGGUUUUUCGAAAUCUCAAUGGAAUCAUAAAUGUCUAUAAACCGGCUGGCAUGAAAAUCAAGCAUGUUCGGGCAGCAAUUUUACAUAACAUCUGUGAAGAUUUGAAUGCCUUGAAAGCUAAUAACGAACCCGAAUCCCAUCAAAUACCUUUACUGGAACCAGGCGGUGCUGCAGACCCUUUACUUAGGAAGGUGAAUUCAUUAAAUUUAGCCGAACAUGUUCUUAGCACGGGGCCACGCUAUCAGAUGGAGGAUAUACGUUGUGCAACAGUUGCCAGUUUAGGUGUCCACACAAGCGGCGUUUUGUUAUUUGGUAUUAACAAAGGCCUCAAACAAUCAAUGAGAAUACAACGCAAUCGUCCGAUACGAGCCUACCAUGUAACCGGCCAAUUGGGCAAGGCCACUGAAACACAUUUGCCAGAUUCGCAUAUAACGCUGAAGGCUAACUACCGCCAUGUCCAUCCAGACCGCCUAAGUGCCUUAGUCUCUUCCCUGCAAGCCUCACAUCAGUGCAAAAUGUUCGAAUUAUGUGGUGUGGAUAUGCAAUCCCAGGCAGCCUAUGAAAUUGCCUGCAAGGGCCUAAUACGACCUGCUAACAACAGCCAGCCCAUCAUCUAUGGCAUUAAAUUAAUUGAUUUCCAAAAACCUCAUUUUACAUUGGAAAUUCAUGCCAUUAAUGAAUCGGAAAGUUAUUUAGCCACACUUGUCCAUGAAAUUGGUAUUGAAUUGCGUACCGUGGCCCAUUGUACAGCGUUACGAUGCAUCCGCCAUGGGAAAUUCUCGGUGGAAGGAGCUUUGCUGCGACAUGCCUGGAAUUUGCCGGGUGUUGUGCGUAAUAUGCGAGAGCAAAAAGAGAUUCUAGAGGCACAUCCUUACCUGUUGAAGCAAGAUCGCAUUGAAUUACGGAAUUGAUGAGGUGAUUUUUUUGAUGGAUCGUCAUCAUCAUCACCAUAAGUAGCACAUAAGUUGUUUUUGAGGCUGUGUCGGUUAAUUGAAUAUCUGUAUAUACAGUGGGGGACAGUAACGAGUGCACACUGCCUCAUAAUUUAGAUUUUAAGAAUUAAAGUUGUUGAAAUUGUUUACUAUUUAAAUAAAUGAACAUUUAAUACAA